ACAUAGCUGAGCCUGGGUAGCCAAGGAUUGCCCAUCUCCGCACCCGAAGUCGCGUCGUACAUGCAACCUAACUACUAUAAUUACAAGGGACACCCAUCCCCAGCAGAGCUAAGUAAGCGUCCCCCGCCGUCUCGCUCCUCGCCGCAAGGAGGGUCACAAAGGGCAUUCCCGCAACAGGGCGAAUUUUGGUCUCAGAAUGCGACUGCCCGAUACGGCUCCAGUCAACUCUCCCGACGUGGAAACACGUGGCCAGAGAACGGCGAGCAUCAGGCGCCCUCUCCCCAGCUUGUACCACGAAGCAGCCCUUGGCAACAGGAUCAUGGUCUGAAGGAUGAAGAUGUUAACAGCGGCUACUACUUGCAGGAUCGGUCGGACGGUGCGGGGAUGAACGCGUGGGAUAUGUCGGGUCUGGGGAGAGCGAUGGACGAUGAUGAGCAAGGCAGCUCACAGCAUGGCGGCUACGGCAAUAGCGGAAGAUACGAGGACGAGCAACGCGCCGUUUCUUUUCAUCCUGGUCCCCCAGCAAUUGAUGAUCGAGUGGCUGGCCGCAGUUACCCCCCGCCUCCUGCAGAAGACACCCAGUGGUUGCGUCGCCAGAGUGGGACGCGGGCAGACCUGCGUCCGAGAGACGUGCCGUCUCUUGGUCUGUGGAAGAACCUCGCCGCGUCUCCUGGAGGAAGCUUGUCCAAGCGGCACCCGAUACCUCCCGGAUUGCGCUUGAUCUUCGGCCUCGACGAUGCCCUUCCGGGUGCACGUGACCCACGUCCUCAGAGUCCCAGCUCAGGAGUUGUCUCAACAUCGAGUCCAAACGCCUCUCGCCGGUAUGCAUUCUCCCACCAGGGAGUAUGGGAUCUCAUGAUGAUGAUGAACGAAAGCCGUGGCUCUCUCGAGGCUUCGUCUGCCAAGCAGCGCACGAACGGCAAGAUUUUCACGCUCACUCCUCCGGCACCCAUAGACUAUUAUACUCUGUGUCCCCUGCAGACGAAAUUCAAAGGCACCGGUGCUAUUUACGACUCGGACGCGGAUAUCUUCUGCUUCACCCUCGGAGUUGAUGGGGUUCUCCAAAAGCUCAAUGACGUCUUCGGUACGAAUUACAGUCUCGACAGGACCCCCAGCCUCAGAGGCGUUCUCGGUCAGAUAGUGCACCAUCCUCGAUGCAGAUACGACUUCGGGUAUGCAUAUGGGUGGAUCCGCCGUGGGUGGUUCUGCGACAUCGACUAUGUAGGCAACCGGUUGGUCAAUUUCCAGGAGAUCGGCGACCGUCGCCGCGAGAAGGCUAUUACCGACGAUCUCAUCACUAAUCCACGCAUCUCUCCUCGCCGAGUAUGGGACUUGUACAGCAACCGCGUCCUCCCAUUUUACGUGCUCCUCGGAGCAGACGUACCGAGGAACCUGUGGGCGAUAUCUCACAGCUGGGUUCCCGACUCGCAGCUUCGGCGCGUGUGGACGUCCAUCAAUGACUACGAGUGGCCGGUGCCUCUUCCUUCAGAUGUCGACCUCAGCCAGAUCCGCAUCGAGCUGCUCAACCUGGGGGCCGAAUACGUCUGGCUGGACGUGCUCUGCCUUAGGCAGGAGAUCCCGCCGACCACCUUGUCAUCUCAUCCGAGACGAGACGUCGUAGACAUAUGGCAGUGGCGCGAAGCCUCCGAACGAACUCGAAAGGAGGAGUGGCGACUUGAUGUGCCGACCAUUGGGUAUAUCUACCGGUGCAAGCCCUCGCAGGUGGUCGUGACCUACUUCAACGGUCUCGGGAGGCCCUUCCGACUGUCCGCAGGAUCUUUGAAGGAGGAGGGUAGUGCGCACCAUUGGAUCAACCGUGUCUGGACGAUGCAGGAGGCCACGCCGAACUGGCUUCUCGGCGGACUCACACCCCAGCCAUUCGACGAGCGUGAUCCAGGCGUGUAUGGUACAAUAGAACUCUUCCAUCGGCGGAUGAAUGACCUGCUCGCCAUACUUCCCCAAGGCCAGACCCCUCCCGACCUCUUCGCGCUAGUCAGCUUCCUCCGGCUGCGUCACGCUCGUCGCGAGAACGACUACAUCAGCGGCCUCGGCUAUCUUCUCCAGUGUCCAGUUUUGCCGAUAUAUGACGAGACGAUCUCUGCGGAGACAGCAUGGGAACGUCUUGUGCGCGAGCUGGACCCCAAGUUCUUGACCGACCUCCUCUUCCUAUUUCCCAUCACCGGCGCCGACUUGAAAGCUCGGUGGCGCCCGAGCUGGGAGCAGCUCAUGCGCCAUCCGUUGACACCUCUCUCCACCUCCCCAGUCGCGUACCUGCAACAGGAUCUCGUCCACUACGACCCCGCAUCCGCCGUAUAUUCAAAUGUCGCGUACGCCGUCGAACGCUGCGUCUUCCAUCCUACUGGAAUAGCUGGCCGUCUACAGCUGCAGGUCCUGAUUGGGCCAAGAGACGGCGGGCAAGCUAAGUCUUGGUCUUUUACCGUCACUGUCAGCUCUGUCACCCCUUUAUUGGGUGCAUCCCCGGCUGGCGCUGAGUACGCUGUUGUUGCGGCUGCCGACCUCAAGUACUGGUUGUGCGGGAAUAUCAUCAGUAAGAUUGGGAGCUCUUGGACUCUGCAGAAGUUGGGCACUUUCGUUAUGGAUGAUGCAGAAGACAUCGACAUGCUAUGGCACUUGAAUCCAGGGUAUGCUGACACGCAAGUGAUCUAUGCUUGAGAUCUUGUGUAAGUGUUCCGACCGGAUUUCUCGAUGUGAUCG